GGCAGAAGGCAGGAGGAGCUCCCUGCAGUCAGGAGGAUGCCGCUCUCACACGCGGACCGUCUCUGAUCCGGACCACUCCGUUACCCGUCGGCUCUAUCUGACCGACUGACCGCAGACCAGCCCCCCGCAGACAGGAGCCCGUCCUCCGCUCAGCCCCCAGCCCCUCUCCUCUGGACCGGCUGCUUUCGCCAUGCCACCGGCCGCCUGCUCGCUCGGGCACCGGCUCCGCGACACCCUGCCCGCGGUGCUGUGGAUCGGGCUGCUGUGGAGCAGCAGCGUCUCGGCAGCAGAUAAAGAAGUUCCCACAGCUGUCCCCUUCACUCCAUCCCCGAUGGUGACACCAAGGAGCACAAAGGAAAACAGCCCCAAAGCUAAAAGCUCCAGUGCCGUGGCCGGAGGUUUGCUGCAUUCAGUGCUCGCUCAAAACGGACGACUUGUCUCCCAGAAAGGGGAGAUCCUCCCCUCUGCCCUGCCACAGAACCUGCUCCCACUUCUGGGCAGAGGACUCAGCAUCAGCUCCCUCCCUGGAAGUCACUCCCUGGAGCAUCAAAGUGGGGGAUUACUAAGGAGGGUAAAACCCCUGGCAUCAGCUGCAGUGUCAGGCCCAGGCAGCGAUCCAACCCAGCCUGCUCCUACAGACACACCCUCCCCUCUGCCUCACACACAGACACACACUACUGAUGAAGAAGCUGAAAUCACCACUGUGGCCACGACGGUGGACGAGGACACUGAGGAUGUGGACACUGAUACAGGGACACUUUCAUCAGCUGUGCAGAGCUGCACGGUGAAUUUGUCAGACCCGGAGGGGUACAUAGACUCCUUGGAUGACCCUCCUCUGCCUGAUGGUACCUUCUUGCACUGCACCUACACAGUGACCGUGUACACCGGCUAUGGAGUGGAGCUGCAGGUGAAGAGUGUGAACCUGUCCGAGGGUGAGCAGCUCUCUAUCAGGGGCGUAGAUGAACGAGGGUCCCUGCUGGUCCUGGCCAAUCAGACGCUGCUGGUCGAAGGUCAGGUGAUCCGCAGUCCCACCAACACUCUGUCCGUCUACUACCGCUCUGGGCCGGAGGGAAGCAUGGGCAUCUUCCAGCUGCACUAUCAGAUCUUCAGGCUGAGCUGUUCCCUGCCAAAGAGGCCUCAUUUUGGGGAGGUGUCUGUGCUGGACUUGCUCCCUGGAGGCAAUGCACGUUUUCACUGCCAUAUGGGGUACCACCUGCAGGGGGAGGUGCAGCUCACCUGCCUCAAUGCCUCCCUGCCUGUGUGGAGCGGCAAGGAGCCCAGCUGCAGGGCUCUUUGUGGAGGGACUGUGAAGAACGCCACAGUGGGGAGGGUAUUGUCCCCUUCUCCCCACCAUGGUCCAAACGCUACCCAGGACUGCUCCUGCUCCUGGUCCCUGGAAGCACCAAAGGGCCAGAGGCUGCACCUGCACCUCGAGAGACUGGCCUUGGGAUCCACUGACAGGCUGGUGUUGUGGAGCGGGCUGGACGCCGGCUCUGUGGUGCUGUUCGACUCAGGUCGCGGUGGACAGAUACCCUUUGAAGGAGUGAUCAGUGAGGGCCCAGCUGUGAGGAUCCAGUUCAUCACUGAUCAGCCUAACCACAACACAGGAUUUAACAUACGCUAUGAAGCUUUUGAGCGUGGCCACUGCUAUGAGCCGUACCUCCAGAAUGGAAACUUCACCACUUCUGACCCUUUGUAUGGGGUUGGAGCUGUGGUUCAGUUUACUUGUGACCCAGGCCACUCACUGGAGCAAGGGCCCCCUGUUAUUGAGUGCAUCAGUGCGAGGGAUCCCUACUGGAAUGACACAGAGCCGCUAUGCAAAGCACAGUGUGGAGGAGACCUGACUGGUCCAGGAGGCGUGAUUCUGUCUCCAAACUGGCCAGAGUGGUACGGAGAGGGGGAGGACUGCAGCUGGAGGAUACAUGUCGGGGAGGACAAACGAGUGCUGCUUGAUGUGCAACUACUGAACAUCAGCGACAGUGACAUGUUGACAAUCACUGACGGCGAUGAAGUAACAACGCGUAUCCUGGGGCGGUACGUGGGAGGAAGCAGCCCCUUCAAGCUCUCCUCCACCACCCCUGACCUGACUGUCACCUUCCACUCCGACCCGGCAGGGCUCGUCUUCGGCAAGGGCGAGGGCUUCAUCAUCAACUACAUGGAGGUGUCCCGAAACGACUCCUGUCCAGACCUGCCUGAGAUCCAGAACGGCUGGAAGACGACAUCCCAUGUUGCACUGGUGCGAGGGGCUCACAUCACCUACCAGUGUGACCCUGGUUAUGACCUGGUGGGACGGGAGACCCUCAACUGUCAGUUAGACCUCUCCUGGAGCUCACAGCCCCCGUUCUGUGAGAAGAUCAUGUACUGCUCAGACCCUGGCCACGUGGAGCACUCCACCAGGUCUCUGUCAGACCCUAAACUCCUGGUGGGAACAACCAUUCAGUACAGCUGCAAUCCUGGCUUCAUCCUACAGGGCGGCGCCACCAUCACUUGCUAUGGCCGUGAGCCAGGGACGCCUGUGUGGACGUCUCGACUCCCUCACUGUGUCACUGAGGAUUCUGUUUCCUGCGAAAACCCUGGUCUCCCUGACAACGGCUACCAGAUCCUGUCCAAGAGGCUCUACCUGCCCAGCGAGUCGCUCACCUUUGUCUGUUACGAAGGUUACGAGCUCAUUGGAGAGGUUGCAAUUAAAUGCAUCCUGGGAAACCCGUCAUUCUGGAGCGGCCCACUUCCACUCUGCAGGGCCAACCAUGACUGCUUUGGCAACCAUGCUUUGGAAGUUGCAGAGGCGACUGCGGGCUCCACUCUGGAUGGAGGGAACAUUGCACUGGCUGUCUUCAUCCUGGUCCUUCUGUUGUCUGUGCUGCUGGGAGGCGCCUACAUCUAUGUCACACGGUGCAGGUAUCACUCCAACCUGAGGCUGCCUCUUAUCUACCCCCACCCUUACCGACAGAUCACUGUGGAGACAGAGUUUGACAACCCGCUCUACGAGACAGGAGGGCAGGACACUCGUGAAUAUGAAGUAUCGAUAUGAGAAGCCUCACAAAAGACAUUUCUGACCCAAGACCGACCGCCUCGUCCUAACUCCUCAUCCUCUCCCCCUCCUUCCCCGCCCAGGAGGAGGCGAUGUAAAUACAAAUAGAUGAUGUCCAGCCCCUUCUGCGAUGAGAUGCAGUGAUCGAUCCUGCUCUCUCCUCCUUUGCGGAAUGGUUUCUGACGACAUGGUGGGAUAUAGGAGGGGAAAUGAGGAGCAGGAGAGGAGACAGACGGGUUAUUGACAAACCCGUGUGCAUCAGUGUUUCUGGGAGAUGAUGGGAGAUGUAGAUAGAGAGAAAAGACCUAAAUCAAAGAACAACGAGCAUGGUGAGGAAAAAUGAGGUGAUGUUUGUGAGAUGGGACAGAAAAGGACUUUAGGAGGGGAGAAGGCGAAGGAUUCGGGGACAGGAAACAGUGUGAGGAAUCUGGACUGAAGGGGUUUAAGCACUUUUAAGUAUUUUUGUCAAACAUUUCUCACUUUUCUCAAUUUAGAGAAAUAAUCCUAGAAUAUGUGUCAGACAGGGAGAGUUCAAGUUUAUAAUCCUUAAGAUUUUCAUGAAAUCAGACCCCAUUAAGGUUUAUAUUCAAAAGGUAGUGAAAGUUUUAGCUACAUUCCCAGAAUAUCGACACAAAAGGAUGUUAAUGUGUGAUUCACUAGUUAGCUAAAAUUAAAUGUAUGAAUUAAAACAGGUGGAUGGAAACACUUAAGUCAACAUCAAUUUUUUCUCCUACAGCUGAGCUCGGUUCAUUUACUGCUAAUGUAGGGAACAUUUCCUACUGCUUCACAUUAAAAACAGUCAACAGGCCAAACACAGUGUGACUUUUACUGUGAAGCAGUCACAGGAAAUGCAUGGUGUGACCGUGAUCGUUCAACCAAUUGUCAAUAUUUGCUGGAUUGCUACAGCGAGGGUCAAUGUCUCUGACUGUCUGGUCUGCAGGUCAAUCUUAGGGAUUGUCAACUUUAAGUGUGUUGGGGAUAAAUUGACGGGAAGAAUGAUGGGCUUUAUUUUUUUUAGUUUUUACCACACAAGUCACUUUUUCUUACCACAAAAUGACAAUAACAAGGAGGAAAUAAUGCUGAGUGGCUGCCUUUGUGUCCCUCCUAAUCAGUCCAACACAGGAUGUCUGUCUCCUGUCCCAGAAAUCCCUCCUGCCUGCAGUCACCGUAAAGGCUUUUUACUCCAGCCGCUUCACUUCUGACUUUAGCUGUAGUGAAUUGGUAUUUAAAUCUAUGACUUCAGGGGCCAGUGCAGUACUGUUGUCUUAUUUCUCUCACAUGUAGUUAGAUUGAUGACCUCAGGUCUGAACCGGCUGAUGACUAAAAAGGAAAAUGAAGAAAAAAAAAACGAAAAAAAACAUGUGAAUAGCAUAGCUGUAGUCAACUGACCGACCUUUGAGUGCAAGCUCAAUCAACCCACCAGAUGAUGUAUUUAUUUUGAUGUACUGUAUAUGUGAUGUUUUAUGCAGAUUGAUAAAUGUACAUUUUCAUUAUGAGAAGACAAAUGUCAACAUUUUCCCUAAAUAAAUGGUAAAACUUGAAUAAAAAGUACAAAACAUUCUUUGUAAAUAUUGAGGCCUUCAGAUGAAUUCUUUUGCAUCUUGUUUUUAUUUCAGGGAACAAAUGUGAAACCAAAAUGUGACUGACAAACUCCUUUCUUUAGAAUCUGUGGUCUUUUCAAAGCUCUUUGCUCAGUCUAUGCAGAACGUGUCUUUCGUCUUUACGCAUCCUUCUGUCUGUCUGUGUGUCUGUCUGUUUGUCUGUGGAACAUAUAUCUUGCAAGCUGUUCAACAUUUGGGCUUCACUCUUGGCAAGUGUGUUGUAAAUUGCCAGAGAAAGUGCAGUCCUGAUUUUGGUGUGAUUUUGACACGCAAUAUGUUCAUAUUAAUAAAACUUGAAUAAACAGGCGAGCAGCGCUCUGUAGCAGUCAGUGGGUGUGGGGCAGUGGGCCUCAGUCUGGGUCUUCUUGUAUGUCCUAAACUACAGCACUGGUUGACGAUUGGGUCAAACCUCAGAGGAAGUCGCUGCCAGAUCAUUUUGAUAAUUUGAUUAUUUUUAUUACCCAACAUCAGAUUGAGACACAGACACACAGCAAAGUUGAUUAGCAAUUGGUCUUCAAAGUAAAAACACAACGUUUGUUUUAUUGCUGAAAUGCUUUUAUUUUGAAAAGUUAAUUCUGAGGAUUAUGUUGAUUGCUGACCUCUGAAAUAGUCGACAUGCAGUGUAUGAAAAAAACAUUAGUUAAGGCAAUCAUUCAAACCUGUAUAUAAGCGAAGAGGACUCACUUAUGACAGGAAACAAUUCUGAAGUAGCUCCAGAGCAUUAAGACAGGCCAAGCUACUUCACCCCAGCCAUUCCAAACAGAGAGGUUCAGAACAGACACUGCAGUAGUCAUUCAAAUUAAUGUUAAUCAUUUUGGUUCCAGAUCCUCAAAUGUGAAUGUACAGUCUUGCCGAUUAUAUUUAAAUUGUCUUUAUUUAAAAGUUAAAAUGGAUUAUACACUGUAAAUUUUGUAUUUGAGUGUGAAAAUGUAUAUUCAAAACCAGCCAACCCUAAUCCUACAACAUGUGAGGUUCUGGUUGGUUAGACAACCUGUCAAAGUCUGUUCACUAAGCCAUGUAGUCCAGAGCCUGCUUUAAAAUCAGGUGAGGUCCAGGUAGUGGGAAGAUGAUUAAAGUAUGAUAUUUUAAAUUCUAUGUCAAUUUAAUGGAGUUUCUUAACCAGAAUAAUACUCUGGACAUGCAUAAACUGUAAAGUAAUAACAUGUUGUAUAAAAAUACAAUUUUUUAAAUUUGGCAUAGAAAGAACACGAGUGGCAUAUGAAACUUGGCUGUCAAAUGUGUUGUAUCAAUGACCAUGAAAUGUUUUUACUAUGAUCCACUUUAAGAUAUCAUACCCUUUAUUU